CCACGUUGCUUCUCCAGCGUCAUAAACCAAAGAAGAAGAAGUAAACACUCGGCACUACCUGCAGUGUUGGUAUUUUACUGAGAAAACGCGCGGAUUAACGCUUACAAAUAUCCAUUAUAGACAUUUUUGAUUUAUUUUUGGUGCGAAUUUAGGUUGCAAAAUGACUUGUGUACCGCCAUUGAGGUUCUAUAAAGACUUACCCGUGUGGAUAGUGGAGGACCACCACAAUGUGGUUUGUCAUAUCUACCGCGCCAUUGCGUCGCGACAUCUCCCCAUGAAGAACAUUAAGCUUGUUCAUUUGGACUCCCACCCAGAUAUGUUGAUCCCUGUCAACAUGUGUGCUGACACCGUAUUCCAUAAGGACAAGUUGUUUAGUGAGCUGAGUAUAGAGAACUGGAUUAUGCCCAUGGUUUAUGCGGGCCAUGUGUCGUGUGUGGCAUGGCUGCAUCCUUACUGGGCUCAGCAAAUCAGGGAAGGCGACCACACGAUGACCGUGGGCAAGGACUUAUCCACCACCACCAUCAGAGUGACGAGCAAAGAUCAUUACUUCCUCAGCGACGGCUUGUAUGUUCCGGAGGACCAACUCCAGAACUCCAAACCUCUCCGCUUAAAUGUCAUCAGAGUCAAUCCGGUCCAUGGUCAGCAGUCUUCACCAGAAAAGAAAUGCGAGGACGACCCGGAGACAUGUCUCGCCAAGAGACCCAGGAGAGAGGGCUCACGUCUUGGCGAGGCCGGCUGCUCGAGAAGAGCCGAGGCGCAGGUCAGCCAUGACGCCACGAGAAGCCAUUGUGGUGGGGGAGAUGAAGAAGGAUCCACGAGUUACGUCGUGAAGAGAAUAUCGACAUUGCUGAGUCAGGCAGAGCCAUACAUCCUGGAUAUCGAUUUGGAUUUUUUUUCCUGUAAGAAUCCAUUCAAGGAACUGUACACUCAGGAAGAAUACGUCAUCCUUCAGGAACUCUAUAGCUUCAGAGGACCUGGUGCUGAUGCUAACGAGGAGGAGCUGGGCGAGUGUGUGGACCAGCGGACACGUCAGUUGGAGGACUUGGAAGCAGCCUUCGCUGACCUCCUGGAAGACGACACAGAAGAGAUUGUUGCUCAGUGGGUCAGCAAACUGGGAAAGGCCUGUUUUGCCCACCUGGUCUCCAGUUUGAAGUCGAGAAAUCCUCAACCGGACUACGAAAUGGUGCAUCAGGCCGGUUUAACCUGCGACUCGUCCGAGUUGCCUCACCAUAUCAGCUCCGAUGACGAGAUCGACCGGCUCGUGUCGGCCGUGCAACUGUUCCUGGCGCACCUGCCCAAGCCCACCCUGGUGACCAUGUCCAGAUCCAGUUUGGAUGAGUACUGCCCCGCAGAACAAGUGGACUCAGUCCAAGGCAGAGUACUGGCUGUGCUUGAGAAGCAAUAUGGAUCAUUGGACAUACAAAAGGACUACGACAAUACUAACACAGAACUCCCUGCUUUUCAGAGUCUGGCACAAUGAGCCGGGCAAUAUCAGUGCAGAAAGUUUGUGAACAAUGUGAGUGAUUAAGAUUAUUGACCGUGAA